AUGGGGAAUUAUUUGAUACAAGGCAACCAAAGCACAUCACUUGCCAGCUAUCUCUUAAAACCAGUCGACUUUUCCAUGCAAAUUCUCACAAAAUGUAAGCUUUAAGCAGGAAUUCUCUCUGACAUAAUGUUUCUUUAUAAAAGAUUCAUUCGUCUGCACACAGGAAAAGGCUUUCUCCUGUCCAGAGCUGAGGUGAAAAGAUUAGCAAGAGUUUCUCCAAUGGGCGGCAUGGAAGAUGUGAUUUUCAAUGCUUUUCAUAUGUUUAGCUCUCAGAAGUUGAACAUCCUUGAAAUCUUUGCGGCAGCCAUCACAUACAGUGACAUGGAGUUAAAUGAAAAAUUGAAACUUGCAAUGUACAUUUUCGAUCUGGACGGCAGUAAAUACUUGACAAAGGAUGAGGUCUUACUGUUGUGCAGAUCGUUCAUCAGGGCUAUUGGAAAUAUGACAAGAGGCCCUGAAAUUGAAGAGCCUAGCAUUUUGGUUCUUUGUGACACUUUUUUCUCUGUACUUAAUAAAAACACAAAUGGAAAAAUUAGCUUGGAUGAGUAAUUUAUUAUUCAGCCUCAAAAAUUUAGUAUUUCUGAAUCAAACUUUAACUGAGCUUCUCAAUAAAAAUAUCAAAAUGAAAGAGCUUAAAAUUUUCGCUACAGAAAAUUCGCCCCGGAAUAAAACACCCUUAAUAAAAAGAGGACACCGUCGGGUUGAAACUAUCGGAGCUUCACCUUUCACAAUUAAAGCCCGAGCCACAAGCCGACAAAGAGACACAUCAGCCACUUCAAAAGUAAGAAGAUCAUCUUUCAGAAAAAAACGAACUGAUAACUUCAGUGUUUCCAUUGGAAAUGAGUUAAUUUCCAGAUGCGAAGCCAAUAGAUUUUACGAGGUCUUCAAAGCAGCAGCCAAAGGACAAAACGUAGCAAUUUCAUUUUUAAUCCACAAUUUAAUGCUGCAAGAAAGAGACCUUGUAUACGACGCAGACCUCAUUCCUCAGACCUAAUCAUAAUCUUAAUUAACAUUAUCGAAAAGCUCCCGGAUAUAUCUUCAUGGUAUUUAUCUCUAUCUUGAUUCGCGUCUAUCGGUUAUGCUCCUCCAGUAAUGCACUCACACACUAACUGAAGUGUAUCGGGCUGGGGUCAUAUGCCGUAUUCCAGAUUGGGCUCUUUCAAAAAAUGUGAAAUUGAUUUUCAGGUCAAGAUGAAACUUGCUGUCCUGAGCCUAGUAAAUUGUCCGAUUGGUCCUAAGGAAUUUGCUAGGCUUUCCCUUUCCAAAACCAAGCAUUAUCAUCCACAGAGGCAGAGCCUUAACCUGUAAUGAGCUUGCGGCAGCCUAAAUCCCACGUUGUGCUCCACCAAACAAGAAAAGCCUGGCCACAUUUCCAAAGCCUUCCUCCCUUUCGCAAGGUCCCUUGGUUUCCCUUAACAAAUAUUAUGAGGUUGGGCUGGCUCGCCAUGCUAUUUUACUGUAUCUCAUUUCUCAGACCAGCGAAAUCAUGAAUUUCACACAAAUGCUUUCAAUGAUCUAUAGGAAUGCUACACCGGCCGAAAUCCGAAGACUUGUCAGAAUUAUUGACCGUAAGAAAUAUUUAGCCAAUUUAGAGCCUGAGACACCGAUUCUGGAAAAUAAUCAAGAGUAUAGGAAAAGACUGUCAUUUAGGACAGCAAAGAUUUAUCCACAGCUUUUUGAUAAAUUUGAGAAGGAUAAAGACGGGUUCAUCGGAUUUAAAGCGUUGAAAAAAGUACUUGGAGACAAGUUUCAAGAAGAAAAUCUACACAAAUUAUAUGAUCAGUAUCGCACAGAUAAAGGUAUUGAUCUUCAAGGGUUCAUAAUGAUGUUCGCACCAAAUAAUUCAUAUAUAACGCAGGAUGUACUUCAUAAGCUCUUGACAUAUAAUGUAAAGACAUAG